AUGCACCAGAUGUUCGCAGUAAUCGAAGGGCUAGCAGAUGGAGGAGUCAAAGUUGGCUUACCGCGUGAUCUCGCACUGAAACUUGCAGCACAUACACUUUUGGGAGCAGCUAAAAUGGUGCUUGAGACAGGUACACAUCCAGCGAAAUUGAAAGAUGAUGUUCAAAGUCCUGGUGGCUCCUCCGUGUAUGGGAUGCAUAAGUUGGAAAGCGGAGGUCUAAAGGGAAUUUUAAUGGAUGCUGUCGAAGCUGCAACAAGUCGUUCCCGUGCAACCGGCGAUAAAGCUCUACCUCACGAUGUUCGAAAUACGGAAUUAUAG